AUGUCGUCUUCCGACUUCGAAACCGAGCGGUCCCCUCUGCUCGCGGCGUCGACAAGCAGUAGGGAUACCAAAACACUGGCCGAUUUAACCGAUGGCGCACUCGAAUCUACACCUCUGCUUUCGACGUCCAACACAACACCACGCUAUGACGGACGCGAUAAUCCAGACAGAGCUUCUUUGGUCUCGGCUGGGGCUUCUCAUUCUGGAGAUGGAGUACCACCAGCGCGGUCGACCACGAAGUCGACGCGAUGGCCCUCCAUUAUCGCCGCACUAUUGUUGAUGGGGCUCGCAACCUCCAUCGCUAUUGGCGCUUUUUUUGUUCCAGCUGCGGUUGAGAAAUAUGCCAAGGAGGCUAUCGUCAUCGAGCCGACAAACUUGGCGCUCGAGUCUAUCACUACCGACGGCGUCCGUGCGCGAAUCCAAGCAAACUUCCGUCUUGAUGCUCAGCGUGUCAAGAAUGUCCAUAUUAGACGAGUCGGCCAGUUCACCACGUGGCUGGCUAAAGAGCUGGCAACAGAGGAGACGAGGGUCAAGGUCUACUGGAUUGAUCACGACAACAUGUUGCUCGGAACUGCUGGCCUCCCUCCCUUGACGAUUGCCAUCGCGAAUGGCCACAAUACUGAGCUUGAUAUCGUUGCCGAUUUGGCUCCUGGUGAUGCCGAUACCAUUCGGACCAUUGCAAAUCAGUUCUUGGGCGGGAAGAUGGAUACAAUUCGUGUACGGGGAAUAACGGAGAUCACGGUCAAGACAAGAUUCAACAUUCCCUUGGGAACGCACGCUGUUUCGGAAACAAUGGAGUUUGAAGGCAAGGAAUUGCCCCCGCUCCCCUCCUACAACAUUACCGGUCUUAAUUUUGAAGAGAGGCCCUUACCCGGCGAUGAUAGGCAGGGAAUGGCAGCCGACGUUACCAUCACCACCUUCAACCCUUAUCCAGUUGCUUUUGACGUACCCGCGCUCAAGUUCGAGGUCUCGGUUCCGGGAUGCAAGAAGCAUGGCCCGGCCAUUUCUAUCGCUACCGCCCUAACCGAUGUCAUUGCUCUUAGGCCGGAAGCCGAUGUCGAAGUCACCGCCCAUUCCAUCGUUGAAGAAUUGCCAGAGCCUCUUACCCGUCCCUGUCCUGGUGGAACCUUGUCGCCGUUGGACAAGCUCUUUGAAGCCUACGUUGCAGGUGAGCCUGUAUCGGUUCUCGUACGAGGUCAGAAAGAUCAAGGUGGAGAGGUCCCUGGUUGGAUCGGGGAUAUCAUCUCCAGUGUUACGGUCCCUGUACCUCUUCCGCAACAAUCCUUUGACGACUUGAUUCGUAACUUCUCUUUGACGGACGUAUCAUUCUCCUUGCCAGACCCGUUGGCAGAUCCCGACGACCCCAAUUCGAACCCCAAAGUGUCGGGCACUAUCGUCGCUUUGGCAGCCCUCCCAUCGGAACUGAAUAUUGGGUUGAACGUCUCCAGUGUCAAGGCCAAAGCGGAUGUGUUUUAUGACUCCAAGAAGCUAGGCGAACUGGAAAUUGACGAGAAGGCCAGCUCCAUUCAAAUCGACGGCGGUCCCGGUGAAGAAAACUUGAUUGAGAUCACAUCACGCGUUCAUGAUACACCGCUCAAGGUUACCGACGAUGACGUGUUGACCGAUGUUAUUCAGGCCCUCCUUUUUGGUGACGCCGAUGUCAUUCUCGACAUCAGCGCUCUUGUCGACGUUGGUGUACAUACAAUUCUUGGACAAUUUGUGGUGAAGGGUGUCCCCGCGGAGGGCAGAAUUCCGCUCAAACCCCUUGGAAACGAUCUUCUCGGCUCUAUGCAGCCUCAAGUGGGAGAACUGGAAGUUGUUGACACUAGCCCAGUCUCAAUAUCUCUACAGGCGUCAGUUAACGUAACUAACCCUACUCCAUACGCGGCCUACAUUCCUUGGAUUAGCAUCAACAUUUUGAAUAAUGGAACUGUUCUCGGCGAGGCGCGUGCAAAGAGACUAACCAUCAAGCGUGGAAACAAUACAAACCUGAAAGUGACGGCACUAUGGAGGCCUUCUUUGGCUGGAGAAGAUGGCGUGCAAAUCGGCCGGGAUCUGAUUUCGCAGUACAUAUCCGGUUAUAACACAACCGUGACGCUUAGAACACAUCCGGGUACUAUCCCAUCAAAGCCAGAGCUGGGCAAAGCGCUGUCAAAAUUCAACUUCACGCUCCCAAUGCCUAGACUUAGCGUGCCUGGCGACGAUGAAGGUGGACGACACGAUGGGGACGGCAACACCAAUGAUACGGCUCCUCACUUUAUUCGGGGUGCGACCUUUCACAUAUUCUCUUCUCAAGCCACAUUUACGUUAGCUUCGCCCUUCUCACGAAACACGAUAUAUAUCGAGCACAUCAAUGCUACGGCCCUGUACAAUCACACGGAGGAAAUCGGACGAAUCAAGUAUGAUUCACCGUUUGGCUGCCCUCCGGGGGUGUCUACCACGCCUAGGUUGCCGGUGGACUGGUCUCUGGAUUCGGUUGGACGUGAUAAGGUGAAGGAAGCGUUAGGUGGUAGGCUGAAGCUUGAUGCGAAGGCUACUGUCAGUGUCAGGAUUGGAUCCUGGACAGAGACGCUGUGGUAUGUUGGAAGGGGAAUAGGGGCGAGCGUCCGCCUGUGA